AUGUCAACGAAAGAGCAGUUUAAAUCGGCAGAUUCCUCAAUAUUCCACAUCAUGAAAAGUGCAAAAAGUAAAAACACAGUCAAGCAGUAUGAAACGUAUUUCAAGAAAUUUACGCAGUGGUGUAUUUCCAAAGAUGUCGCAAGUUUUCCCGCAAAAUCUAGUGUGAUUGCCAUUUUCUUAAGUGGAUUAAUUCAACAAGGAGUUUCUGAAGCAGUUCUGUGUUCAUUUUUCUAUAGUAUAAAGUGGUAUCAUGAUCUUCAUUGUGCGUUUUCUAAUCCCUGUGACGACAGUGUUAUUCAUAGUUUAAUGGAGGGGGGGAAACGAAUUUUAUCAAAGCCCAUAAAGAAGAAGGAACCAAUUUCGCCAGAUGUGUUAGAGAAGAUUAUAAAUGUAUAUGGGGAACGGGAGCAAAAUUGUGAUUUACGAAGUGUGAGAACAGUGGCUAUGUUGUUGUUGAGUUUCGCAGGGUUUUUGCGAUUUAGUGAAUUAUCUAAUAUUAAAGUGAAAAAUAUAAUUUUCAAGAAUUUAUACAUGAAUGUUUGCAUCGAAUCCAGCAAAACUGACGUUUACAGGCGUGGUAACGAAGUGACAUUGGCAGAGGCAGGAUGGAAGCUGUGUCCUGUAUCUUGGAUUAAGCAUUAUUUAAAUUUAGCUGAAAUUCAGGAUAAACCAGAGGAAUAUGUAUUCAGAGCAAUUAGAUUUUACAAGUCAUGUGGAAAAUAUAUGUUGUGCAGUAUUAACAAGCCGAUUUCAUAUACAAGAGCCCGAGAGUUAUUGUUAGAAGCUUUGGAAAAAGUGGGAAUAGAUUCAAAAGGUUUUGGUUUGCACAGUCUGCGAAGUGGAGGGGCAACAACUGCAGCCGAGAAAAAUGUGUCGGAGCGUCUGAUCAAAAUACAUGGACGUUGGAAAUCUGACUAUUCCAGAGACAAUUAUAUUAAGGAUUGUAUAGAUAACAAAUUGAAAGUGUCUAAUAGUCUUUUCGUGUAA